AAAACAGGGGUAGCCCUGUAUUUCGACACUCCAUUGUCUCCAAGUAUACACAUAUAUAGGGGAAAGGUUGGACGGCAGAGUAGAAUUCUCCCAUGGCUAGACUAUUUCCAACCCUAUGUUCCCAAUUCUUCUUUUGCAUUUUCAUCAUCUUGGCUGCAGCAGAUGAUGAGAGUUUUGUGAGAAGCAUGGACAGGAAGCUUUUGGGGCUGAAGAAGGAAAAGCUUAGCCAUUUCAGGCUUUACUGGCAUGACAUUGUUGGAGGGCAAAACCCAACAGCAGUCAGAGUGGUUCCACCGUCAAGCAAUUCAUCAACAGCCUUCGGGUUGAUCAGUGUGAUCGACGACCCUUUGACUAUGGGGCCCAAAUUAAGCUCGAAAAUGGUAGGCAGGGCGCAAGGGUUUUACACCUCAGCAUCCCAGCAAGAACUUGGGUUGAUGAUGGCCAUGAAUUUUGCUUUCAUGGAAGGAAAAUACAACGGGAGCACCAUAACAAUACUAGGGAGGAACAUUGUGUUCUCAAAAGUGAGGGAGAUGCCCGUGAUUGGAGGGAGUGGGCUUUUCAGGUUUGCCAGAGGCUAUGUUCAGGCCAAAACUCACUGGUUGAAUCUUACCACUGGGGAUGCGGUGGUGGAGUACAACUGUUAUGUGAUGCAUUAUUGAUGCUUUUCUUGGAAAUCUUUCAAAGUUUAGGCCAUUUUUGCUUGUUAUUAGUUCCUUUGGGGUAAUGGGCUUUGAAUCGUGUUUUCCACUUGUAAUUUAAUAAUCUGCUGUGGAGUUAUGUACUAUUAAUAAAAUAUUUAGCUUGGGAGACCUGUGCUCUGAUUUAGA